AUGAAGUAUGCUGUGUGCCGCUCUAUCAGAGCUGGAACCGUGUAUGUGUGGAACCUGGGCAGACGGCGUUUCAUCUGCCGACCAGUUCGAGUGGAGCACGGCCUCUACGGCAGCACCGACACAGUCCUCGCCCACAACUUCAAACUUUACAUCUUUACAGACAGGAGCACUAUGAGCAGCGUGGAAGCCCCCCAGUGUCGAUUCCAGACUCUUCUGGUGUAUGAUUUGAUCAAGCGGAGCUACGUGAGGAGACAGACUGGGAUUGCGGUGAUUCCCUGUCCCCAGCACGAGUACCGUCUUCUGGAGGAUGGGCGGACUCUUCUGGGCCUAUCAGAGACCAGAGAUCAUCUGAUCCUCUGGGAUCUGGACUUUGGCUCUAUCAAACAUGAGAUCAAAGCAUCCCACAGGGAGUUGACCCUGUGUAGCAGCACAAUCCGAGACCUGCAGCCUGAUGUGACAGCACGCAGGGACACAACAUUGAUGCCAUGGGACGUUCGGACUGAGAGCCAGUCUGCAAAGAAGAAAAGGCUGGAGAAAAAGGCACAGAGGGAGAGGGAGGCGAAAUGGAGGCUGGAUAGAGAAAAAUACAACUCUAUAGAGCAGUACGUCCUCAGCGGAGAUGAACAGGUAGCUGUGUGCUCCUAUUUUGCUCACCACCUCAACGUCUUCAGCAUGGUUUCCCAGGAACACCUCCACACCCUGGAGGAUAAAUCAUCACUGCUGAGCCUCCACACUGCAGCCCUUACCUACACUGGCAGCCACGUGGUGCUGACCAACUACAACCAAGACCAGAGGACCCCCUAUAUCACCCUGUGGGACCUGCACACAGGAACCGUGAAGAAAAAACUGCGGAAUGAGGCUGGAGUUUGCUGUGUAGCUAUCACAGACAGUGCAGACAGAGUUGUCUUUGGGGUCACAGGAAGCAACAGGCUUAAAGUGUGGGAUCCCUUCAGGAGGAACUACAGGAGCAUCUGUGGCUAUGGGAACCUGACGAUAGAAGUCUCCAGUGAGCUUUACAUGACAGAAGGAGGAACCAGAGCCAUUCUGCUGUCAGGACAGUUGAGCCUGUGGGACCUGGAGGCGUGCAGCGUCCUGUCGGUGCUCUCCCUUGAUGCACGCGUCCGCUGCAUGAAGCUGCUUCGUGGAUGCGAGACCUCCAUUCUGCUCGGCCUCAGCCACAGCCCCACCCUCAUCAGCGCCAGGUCAACGUGCAGUCAUCCUGUCAGCUCAGCAACUCGAGCUCCGAAAGACGAAGACCUGUUUGGAGAGUCCAGCAGCAGUGAGGAGGAGGACUCGUAGGACUUGUAGGGCACACAUCAGAGAAUGCAACAUGAAAGAACAAGAGCAAACUAAAUCCUUAGCAUGGCACAUGGAGUGAGAAUGGGAAAAAAAUGGAAUGUUAUGUGGAAAUUAUCUGGAUGUGACAAAUUUGAUUGCGUCAACAAACUGCAGGUUUUUAAUCUCCAGAGGGAAGGGGAACAGGCUCUGAUGUCUCCAGGACCAAUGCAGGACUUAAUUCUUACGGAGUAGUUUUACAUUGUCAUAGUACUUCCACUGCUGGUCUAAGCUGGACUUCUUUGUCUGCCUCAGCUAUAUUUAAAGGACCAGGUGUGUAGGAUUUAAUGGAAACUAGUGAAGUUGCAAAUUUCAACCAUUUAAAUACAACAUAGCCUUCCAACUGUGUAGGAGAAACAAUCCUAUACACAGUUCCUUUAAACCUGAUAAAUAUGCAAUAUAUAUAUAAAAAUAAAUGUGUCUUUUGAACAUAGCCUUGCACACAGCAUAUGUAAGUAUAGGAAAGGAGAAAGUUGACAGAUGUUCCAAAAGGGGCGGAGCUGAUGAAAGGAAAGUCUCUGCU